CCUGCCUGUUUAUUGGUUCACUUUAUUCACCCCGCUGUCAGUUUUGUACUCAAGCUGCUUUGGCCUCCAGGUCGACCGUGAAGCAGACAGAAAUGAGAUGAGGAGUUUCAGGGACGGAUGUGCUGCAGACGGAGCUCCUCGCCACUGAGACUUGUGGGGGGAUGAAAAGUCAAAAAUGCGCUCAGAGCAGACAGGAGCGGUGUGACGGAGGAGUGCAGGGAGGACGGAGCAGACACCGGCCGGUCAGACAGACAGACAGGCAGACAAAGACAGACAGAGCUGCGGGGAGGACGGGACUUCACCUCUCAGCCGCACCGAGGCUGAACUGAAAAGUUUGGGCAGCUGCAGUCGGUGAAGGCAUCAUGUCGGCGCGGAGCUGGGUCGCCAACGAGGGGGGAAAGCACUUGGUCUUGAUGCUGUGGCUGGGAACAAACACCUGGCUGUUCCUAAAGACCUUCCUGCUGUACUCCACUGGACAGCAGUAUCACUACCUCUACAAGAUGCUUGGGCUAGGGCUGUGCAUCAGCAGGGCAUCUGCAUCUGUACUGAACCUGAACUGCAGCUUGGUGCUGUUGCCCAUGUGUCGCUCCCUGCUCACCUUUGUCCGAGGAACACACAUGGUAUCGAGCAGAAAGACUCGCAGACUGCUGGACAAGAGCAAGACCUUUCAUGUGGCCUGUGGAUUUGCCAUCUGUAUCUUCUCUGUUGUGCAUGUGUCUGCCCACCUGGUGAAUGUCAUCAACUUCAGUGUGAGCUACUCAGACGACUUUCCUGCUCUCAAUCUGGCUCGCUACAGAGGAGAGGACCCCAAGCUGAUCAUUUUGACCACAAUCCCAGGAGUCACAGGCGUCCUGUUGGUUCUCAUCCUCUUCCUGAUGUUCACAUCCUCCUCUUACUGUGUGCGGGUGUCCAACUAUGAGAUCUUCUGGUACACACACAACCUCUUCAUUGUCUUCUACAUCAUCCUUAUGGUGCACAUGGUCGGAGGAGCUCUGAAGUAUCAAACCAACAUAGAGGCCCAUCCUCCUGGCUGCGUCGGCACCAAUCACAGCAGCACAGAGCAGCACGGCGACGAGCUGGAGCAGGGUGAGGAUGAAGAGAGGACAUGCAGAGAGCAGGCUCACUUCCAGCCACACUACCCCCAGACAUGGCUUUGGGUGUCCGGUCCUCUCUGUCUUUACUGUGCCGAGCGUUUCUACCGCUACAUCCGGAGCUACGACCCUGUUACCAUAGUAACAGUCAUCAGGCACCCCUGUAAUGUCAUUGAGUUGCGCAUGCUGAAGAAAAACUUCAAAGCUCGUCCAGGACAGUAUAUUGUUCUUAACUGUCCAGGUGUCUCUUCAUUUGAGAACCAUCCCUUCACGCUAACAACGUGUCCCACAGAGAACAAGAAAACUUUUGGUAUCCAUCUCCGAGUCGUGGGAGACUGGACUGAGCGUUUCACACAGCUGUUACUUCCUGAACCGAGGAUAGACUUGGAGAUUCUUCCCAUGGUGCGACAGAGGAGAUACCCCAAGCUUUACGUGGACGGUCCCUUUGGAAGUCCAUCAGAGGAGGUGUUUAACUACGACGUCAGUCUGUGUGUUGCGGGUGGAAUAGGAGUCACACCGUUCGCCUGCGUGCUGCAUGCUCUGCUUGACGGCUGGACGGGUUUCAGGUUGCAGAGAUUGUAUUUUGUGUGGGUCUGCAGGGAGCUUCAGUCCUUCUACUGGUUUGCUGAGCUGCUGUGUGCCGUGCAUCAGAAGCUUUGGCAAGAAAACAGACCAGACUACUUUAAUCUGAAACUGUUUGUCAGUCAGACAGACAACUUGCAGAGCAUGUCCGACGAAAAGUACCGCCCGCUCACCUCCAGGCUGCUGGUUGGUCGACCCAGGUGGAAGUUACUGUUUGAUGAGAUUGGGAGGACCAAUAAGCAUAAGCGAGUCGGGGUUUUCUGCUGUGGACCAAAGGGCAUCUCCAGGACUCUCCACAGACUGUGCAACUCAGCCCGAUCCUCUGGAACGACCUUUGAAUUCAACAAGGAAUCCUUCAGCUGAUCGAACAUCAGAGCUAGCACUACACUUUGAGGUCAACCUUGCAGAAAAACACAGUAAAUUUGGGAUGGAUGGAUUUUCAUACAUUUAGGGUUGUUGUUCUUUUUUUGAAGUAUAUUUUGGAAUAUCUUUGGCUGAUCUUGGUUACUUGAUAUUUUGGACACGUCUAGGAAUUUGCAAACAAACAACUGAAACAGGCCAAAAGAACUUGAAUAUUCAGAGACUAUAUUACUAUUUUAUAUGGAUCCCUGACCAUGGUCACAAAAGGCCCAGCAGGACAAGACUUUAUCAUGCAGCACGAGGUCUGUUCCUCUCUACAGACCAGCCUGACCUCCACCUGCAGGCUCUGAAAGCUUCAGCGUCUGAUCCAAUCACCUCUGAGAAAAACUGCAGUGACCAGCUCACUGCUCGGAUUCUCCACUCAUGGUUCUCUGUUUUUCUAAAGUUGCUGUCGGCUUUCAUCUCCACACCCCUCUGUGGAUCAAAUUUGUUUUCUCCUGUUGGCGUCUAAUGUGAGAGAAAAAGGUCUGACACACGCUGCAAUUCCACAACCACAAACACAAGCAGAUAACAAGAUAAUGCUAUUACACAAGAGCAAAUUCAUUUUACAGAGGACCAGCAGUGAAACAUCACACAGGGACCAGACAGAAAAACCAAAAAACGUUUACUUAAAUAACCAGGUGGAGCCACUUGGGCAGAUAAACUGUGGUAACCAAAGCACUAUGACAGACAAAGUUCAUUUAACAUUUACUUGACACCAAACUGGCACCCAACAAGCUCUACUGACUAUAAGGUUUAGAUCAUAAAGAGCAAAUUCCCCACUCUGUACCACUUCAGGCUUUUGUUCCACUUGCUUUUCUGCCCAUAUCCAUAAUAAAUAAGUAUCUUCCUCUGUACAAUACAUUAAAAAAUUAGCUCCUUGUAAUUUCAACUGAUAAAACAUUUGUUUUGUUAGUGUUACAGUAUGUAGGAAUGUAGUCACAACCCUAAAAGAGCCGAUUAAUGAUGACCAAAUGAUUAUUGUCUUAUCUUGAUUAAAAUUACAACUAGUUCAAAUUUAAUUUACCCUUCUAUUAAUAAAGAUCCAUUGAUCUUAGAAAAUUUAUAGAAAACCCAAUAUUUCAGAAAGACCAAUAAUAGAAACGCUUUAUGGGAAAAAUACAUAAUCUGACAAGCCAAUUGGAACAGAAACAAGCUGUAAAGGGGUACAGGAAUUUAGCUCUCUAUAGAUCUUCAUCUGUAUGUCCCACUCAUGGAAGCUGGGUUUGCUUUAGAGUCCCACCUCGAAGAGUAAACACUUCCUGUGUCUGAGCUGGGAGACACUACUAAGUAUCUGAUAGGUAUUUGAUUGUCACUCAUCAGAAUCUGAGGUGAUUUGGGGAAGAGUGGAACCAAAACAGACACCAUAUUCAUUCUUUGUUUUCAUUUAGUUGUGUAACUAUCUCUUCCCUGUUGAUGUAUGUGUAUCGAGGCAAACCUACACUACACCUCAAGCCAGUAUUUUUAGCUAGUUGUUUUUUCAAUUUAUUUAUAUUGUUUACAUUUAUUUUAUGUGAAAAACUUCUGCAGGGCUUUGGCAAUUUUUCCACAAAGUAGGUGUCGUCAUUUUUUUUUUUUUUUUUUUUUUUUUUUUCACAUACUGUAUCUUGAGAAAGUAAAGUUAAUUAAUUUAAAGUUAAAGUUAAAGUUAAUUAAUUGGCAAGUUUGACACUACAUUUUUAGUUGUAGGGUUUUAGAGUCAGCUGUUAUUUUAAAAGUGCCAAAAACAGCAGGUUUCUACAAGGAAUCAACAUCUUGAUAUUUUUUCAACCAUUUUCUUUCAAAUUGUAAUGAGCUAAUUGUAAUUUAGCAUUUGAAAUUUAAAUAUAUUUAAAUGUUGAAUUGUAUGUCUAUUUUCAGGAUUGUCCAUUUUUAAGAACAAGGCAAAGUCUGAAAUAAAAGAGAUUUCUAUUUAUUAUA